AUGCUCGCCAUCGAGAACGGGUCCAGUGCCACUGCGAGCUUUGUCGGUGACAGGCAACCUCGAUGUCUGACGUACAAAGUCCGCAUAGACUAUUAUUCGAGCUUGAUCAUGGAUCCCUCACGUUUGAAACUGGGCUCUAAGAGGCCGAACUCGCAAAAACUGGAGCUGUUGACCAUACCUGAACAUGGUCACGAUAGGAGCUUCUCGAAUGGAGUUAGUGGGUCUAUGAACAUUGGAUUCAGGAAUAUUUCUUAUACGGUCAAAGAGGGGUUGUUGUUCAAAAGAAAACCUCGGAAAAUAUUGGAUGAUAUUAGCGGAGAAUUUUCAGGUGGAGAAUUGACCGCAAUCAUGGGUCCAUCUGGGUCUGGAAAGACGAUGUUGAUGAAUGUUUUGGCUGGAUAUACGACAGAUGGCGCUACCGGCGACAAACUCGUUAAUGAAGUAAUCCGGAAUGAAAACAACUUCAGGAGAAGAUCCUGCUACAUCAUGCAGAACGACGAUUUGCAACCAUUGCUGACUGUACACGAGGCCAUGACAAUAGCGGCAGACCUCAAAAUGGUCUCCAAAAAAGACAAAAUAACGAGGGUGAAGGAACUGAUAGUAUCGAUGGGAUUAUGGGAACAUAGGAAAACUAGAACAAAUUCUCUAUCAGGAGGUCAACGAAAAAGACUGUCGAUAGCCUUAGAACUUCUGAAAAAUCCACAGGUCAUGUUUUUUGACGAACCAACCAGUGGAUUGGACAGUCUCAGUUCCAAACAGUGUGUGCUGUUGCUUAAGCAGAUGGCCCUUUCUGGCAGAACCAUAAUUUGCUCGAUCCACCAACCAAGUGCCACUCUUUUCCAAAUGUUCGACCACCUGUACGUCUUGGGCGAAGGAAAAUGCCUGUACCAAGGUUCGGUGAAGGGCAUGUUGCCCUACCUAGAGGCACUGAGUCUAAAAUGUCCGACUUACCACAAUCCUGCCGAUUUUCUUCUGGAAGUUGCAUCUGGCGAGUAUGGCAAUUACAUUCCGAUGCUGAGAAAUAAAUCUGACAAUGGGAAAAAUCAAGCAUGGAAAAAGAAUCACCGGAAUACUAUCCAAAUGGAAUCUCUUGAUCACCUCGGCAACUUGAUGCAAAACGGCCUGCUAACUCCCAUUCACGCGCCCCCAAUACUGCUACCAAAGACACCCAGCUGUGAUACUAGUCUAGAAAGCCACCAGUGCUGCCAGGGUUCCUAUCCCACCUCCUCCUUUCACCAGUUCAGCGUGCUGCUGAAGAGGACCUUCCUCAUCCUCACCAGGGACAGGACUCUCGCCUACUCCAGGAUGCUGACGCACACGCUGAUUGCCGUUUUUUUAGGGAUUUUGUAUUUUGGGAUCGGCGCUGAUGCGUCCAAUAUGCUGAACAACUUCAACUUCAUGUUCUUCACCGUGAUGUUUUUGAUGAUGACGGCGUUCAACUGCAUCACGACGACAUUCCCUUUGGAGUUGCCAAUCAUCACCAGGGAGCAUUUUAAUAAGUGGUACUCUCUGAAAUCCUAUUUCUUAGCAGUUUCUUUCGCAGACAUUCCAGCACAAAUGACAGCUACACUCGUGUACUCACUGGUUACCUAUUUCUUGACUGGGCAACCUAUGGAAUCAUACAGAUUAGGUUUAUUUAUCGGCAUGUGUAUGCUGAUAUCCCUCUUUGCUCAAAGUUUCGGACUCUUCAUUGGUGCUACCAUGGAUAUUAAGAACGGCGUCAUCUUAGGCCCUUUCGGCUUCCUCCCCUUCAUCAUCUUCUCCGGCUUCUUCGUGCAACUCAACUCCGCCCACCCCUACAUCCGCUGGAUCUUCCACAUCAGCUUCGCCAAGUACGGCUUCGAGGGGCUCCUACUCUCCAUCCUGGGCUACGACAGGCCCAAACUGCCCUGCAACGCCGAUUAUUGCCACUACAAUUACCCCGAAAAGUUUCUGGCUGAGAUGGAUAUGGAUGUAGCCAAGUACUCUUCAGCGGUGAUGUUUUUGCUGGGUUCCUCUGUAGUCUUGAGGAUAAUCGCGUAUUUCGCGCUUAGUGUGAACAUUAAAAGUAACAGAAAGCGGAGGUAG